GCAACAGGGAUGAUGCUCCAACAAAAGAAGUCUUGAAAAACAUUGCAUGGUCUGAAAGAAAAGCCAGUAGAGCAGAUCCCAACGAGCUGAUGAGCUUACAAAAGAUAAUUCAACAGUAUCAGGACACUGAAAAGGACGUACUGCAGAAGAUUCUGAUGCAUCCAAAGGGCAUAAUGCUGUGGUCUAAGAAAACCUUGUCAGUUUUUCAUCAAAGAUGCAAAGAAGACAUUGUGUACUUUGAUGCCACUGGAAGUAUAAUAAGAAAAGAAAGUGCUGGAAGGCCACCAUAUUAUGUGUAUGAGUUGGUUGUCAGAAACCCAUCCAAAGGUGCUUCUCCUCUUCCAGUUGCUACAUAUGUCACAUGUGACCACACUACUGCCUCUGUGACAUACUUCUUGCAGGCCUUUCAGACUGAUCUGGUAAGAGCAUUUGGUAAUCGGGCCUACAACAGGCCUGUCAUGUUCAUGUGUGAUGGAUCCCUAGUACUCCUUCGAUCCAUUUCCAUGACAUUCUGCAGAACAAGUCUAGAGGAUCUGCUGCAGAAGUACUAUGUCUUACUCACUGGCCAGCAUUCAGCACAGGAAUUCAACAUUCCCAUUCUUCAUCGAUGUUUGAGCCAUGUCAUGAAAAAUGCCAAGGACCUUUGUAAAAAACACAUUCCAGAGAACUACAGGCUUGGAAUGCAUGUGUUUGGGCUCCUUGCAUGCUGUGAUAACUUAAAAGACAUGGAUGAUGUUGUCCAUAGUGCAGCAAUAGUGUUUUGCAGUCCUUGUAGUGGAAGGAACGUAACAAAACACUACAACAACUUGAAAAUCCUUAUGCAAAAAAGGGGGACCCUGGAUUUGGAUGAAAAGACUGUGAUUGCUGAGGACUACAAGACUGAUGUUCAGAAUGCCCCCUUGAAGACCCAUUUCCAGGCAAUUGUUGACAAUGCAACACUGGACUGUGAGGGUGAAAGAAACAUCUUUCAUGCACCCAAAUUUAUUGCCGGUCUGGUAAAUCACCUUCUACCACAUGCAACUUUGUGGUCAUCAAUGAUGCUCGGUACAUUUUUUUAUUUGUUGUAUUACUAUCAUAAAUUGUCAUUUAUUAAUAAAUGUAAAUGUGAUAAAUGUUGAAUUA